AUGGACUUUUCACUACAUACUAAUCUGUUUCCACGAUCCCCUCCCCUUCCACCCCAAACCAUGUCCGGCAUUCCCAAUCUCCCAGAGACAUUUGAUGAUCUCCCCGACAAGCGUCGGUUCUGGCCUGAGGCUGCAGGGUCAGAGGAAGAGGGACUGGGGAUGCUCCGCCUUCUAACGCCCAAGGUAGUUGCUCAAGCUGCGCGAACACAAAUCCAGUCCGGCGAGCGGGUAUGCUUAAACUGGAACAUGGAGAAUUUGAGCCCACCAGGGUUCGGGCGCAAACCAUUCGAGCACCGUGUCAAAUGGGUCGCCGAGGGCGUUGCUUUCGACGACGAGUACCACUUCAACCCACAGCAGUCCUCCCAGUGGGAUGGCCUCCGGCACCACAAUGCACCAGCACCAACACCAGAAGACCAAGACCGACGCCUUUUCUAUGGCGGCACGACCGCAAAGGAAAUUUUAGAUGAGAACUCGUCGCGGAUUGGCAUCGGAUUUUGGGCAAAGAAGGGCAUUGCUGGGCGCGGCGUGCUAAUUGACUACGUCUCCUAUGCGGAGAAGAAGGGCAUCAGCGUAAACGCGCUAAGCCGGCAGAUGAUCUCACUAGAUGAGGUGCAGGAGAUCGCGCGCGAAUGCAAUAUCAAAUUCCAGAAGGGCGAUAUCUUUUUCUUGCGGGUUGGCUUGCCUGGGACGUGGGAGCGCAUGUCGGCCGAGGAUCGGGUGGCUUAUAGUCAGCAGGGUAUGCCGCAGCAUGCUGGAAUCGAACAGAGUGAGCGGGUGCUGCGCUUUAUAUGGGAUCAUCAUUUUGCGGCUGUUGCGUCCGAUGCUGUUAGCUUUGAGGUUUACCCGGCUCUGAACCCUGAGUUUGAUUUGCAUCAUCAUCUUCUGGCUGGUUGGGGUAUUCCUAUCGGGGAGAUGUUUGAUUUGGAGGAGUUGGCUACGACGUGCAAGCGUUUGGGUCGUUGGAGUUUCUUUAUCUCCAGUAGUCCGUUGAACUGCACCCGGGGAGUGUCUAGUCCGCCUAACUGCAUGGCUAUUUUCUAG